AGGUCAAUGGAGUGAUCGGAGGAAGAAGUACCCGGGCGAAGCCCAACAAGAAACGAGCAAAGCAACGUCCUGUCCGACAUCAGCCUCGAAGCAGAGGACGAGCAGCCCAGAAUGCUGCCUGACGCUAGGGGAAGGGGAGCCUUGCUCCUGCUCCUGGUUGUGCUCCAGUCUCAGCUGUCGCUCAGCUUCAUGAUCGCGCCAUGUCCCAGGUUCCCCUCCAUCUCUCCUCCUCUUCGCAGUUCUCCCUCCCAUGGCGUCGCCUUCAAGCCCAGGCGCUCAAUCGGAGGCCCGCACAUGAUGCUGCCGUCCCCUCUUGACGUCUUCAAGGUCUAUGAGUUCUACCUGCACAAGUACCCUCACCCGGUCGACACCCUCACCGGUAUGGCGCUCUACGUGCUCGGCAAGGUCACCUGCGACGCCAUCAACAAGCAGCCAUGGCGACCGAAACGCGAGUAUGGGAGGUGGGCGGUCAUGGGCUGCCUCGAUGGGUACUUCACGCACGCCUGGUAUUGGUACAUCGAGAUGGCAGCGUCAGGGCUGCAGCCCCUGCUUAAGUUGUCGAGCAUGGUUCUUACGUCAUCCUUCCUGUACACGCCGGUGUACUGCCUCGCCUUCCUGGUGGUGAUGGGCUUUCUGGAGGGAAGGAGAGCGGCGGGUGUGGUCGACAAGGUCAAGAAAGGCUUCGCAGAGCUGACGUCCAUGACGAUCCGGACAUGGAUGCCGCUAAAUCUUAUCCUCUUCGGCGUCGUCCCCCUCCAGCUCCGAGUGUCCUUCUCCAUGGCCUGCCACUACCUGUACCUCAUUGCGCUUGCCAUGUGGGAGUCUGGCCUGCUCACGGCCUUCAUCGCCCGUGUCAAGAGUCGUGGUCCCCAGCAGCCCCUGGAGCUCCAGCCCAGCAGCCUGGCAACAAUCAAGGUAGUCGUCCGCCUGGAGGAAGUGGACCCGGCGGCCGCCGACUCGCCUGUAGUCUGUGCACCCAUCAACGCUGACUUCCUGGCGGGGAUACCCCUGCCAGAGGAGAUACCCGUGGGCACAGAUGAAGCGGAGAAGCAAGGAGCAAGAGAACCGAAAGCUCGCGCCAAUACGGGUUAG